UCUGGUCUGCUUAACGGGGUGGUUCUUCCAUAGUCAACAAUGCAAUAGCAGCUGUGUCUGCUCGGUUUAGUUCCUUGACGGUAAUGUAUCCAGCAAAAAUAAGGGAGUGGGGUGUCUCGCCGCUUCCUCCGUCUCUGCUCCCGGACGCCAAGACUGGCUGCACAGCUGCCGCCGAAUUUAAAGAGACAGGCGAUAGUUUAUUUAAAAUAUCAUAAUCAGCAACCAUUGUCUCAAAGCUUUUUUCAGAGGCUUCACUCUGACAGCGUACCAGCAGUAGUUACUUGUUGGACCGAUAAUGACUUUUAAUCAAAGUCGCAUCGAGUCGUAGCUUAUUCCCAUAAUUGUUACUUGGCUGGAUUUUCCUUAUUUUGUUUCUGGCUAACGUUAUCUACUAGCUAGCUAGCCAGCCAACUAAGGGUUGCUAGCUAGCUAGCUUCCGACGAAGGCAAGAUUUUUGUCGGCUAGCCAACAACCAGAUACCAAAGCGUAUAAUCAACCAAGUAGUGGCUGUAUGUCUGUUACUAUCUCCGGGAUCAUGGCGAAAAUUCAGGCACACAGCAACACGAAACAAAUAAACCAAAUUCAAGACAAGGCCUAUGUUGUACAAAAGCAAGUGCAACAACAGCACUUUCAAAAACUGAAGGUUGAAGAUGCCCUAUCAUACCUGGACCAAGUCAAAAUACGAUUUGGGAAUGACCCUGGAAUAUACAACAAAUUUCUUGACAUAAUGAAAGAAUUCAAAUCACAAAGCAUUGACACACCGGGUGUUAUAAACCGUGUGUCUCAGCUCUUCCAUGGCCACCCGGACCUCGUCUUAGGAUUCAAUGCCUUCCUGCCCCCAGGGUAUCGGAUAGAGAUUCCCAAGAAUGGUGUGGUUUUCCUCCAGUCCCCAUUCUCUGCCCAGGUGUCCCCAGGUCAGGGGAAGAGUAUGACAAGCCCUGCUGUGAGUGCCACAGGUUCAUCUGUUGCUGAAGUUGGAUCUGCCCAAAGUGAAGCUGUGGCAUCGCCUGAAAGCAUCUACUCAUCCUCAGGGCCCCCAGAGCCUCCCAGUAGACUGUCCUUGCCACUCCCCAGCAGAGAGAGCCCAUCCCAGCCACAGUCCUCCUCAGUGUCCCCCCCUGCCUCAGAGCCCAGCCCAGUAGAAUUUGACAGUGCUAUCAGCUAUGUCAACAAAAUCAAAAACCGCUUCCUAGACCAUCCAGAGAUCUACAGAUCCUUCCUUGAGAUACUACACACUUACCAGGUACACUGUGUCAUCAAUAUGAAAGAGCAGCUUGAGGUCAAGGAGAGCCGGGGUCAUGGUAGUAGUGGAAUGACAGAGGAUGAAGUUUUUUCAAAAGUGGCCAGCCUCUUCAAAGGCCAAGAGGACUUACUGGCUGAGUUUGGACAGUUCUUACCAGAUGCUAAGAGAUCACUGUUCACUGGCAGCUCCCUGACUGGGAAAGACCAUCUGAAGAGGGCAGAGGACGAGGACAUGAGCAAACAGAGCAAGAAGAGACCCAGGCCCAUGCUGCUGCCUCACAUGACACCGCUGCUCAAGAAAAAGAUGAAGUUUUCAUGCUCCAAAGACCAGUCCUUUGCCUCAGUUGGGAAGCAUGGAGUCUUGCGGGAGUUCACAUUUUUUGACAAGCUUCGCCGUUUCUUCAAAAGUCGGGAGGUAUACGAGAACUUCCUCCGCUGUAUUGCUUUGUUUAACCAGGAAGUGGUUUCGGGAGCAGAGCUGCUGCAGCUUGUCACUCCCUUUCUGGGGAAGUUUCCAGAGCUAUAUACCCAGUUCAAGUCUUUUCUGGGGGACAAAGAGCUCUCUCAUUCAGUGUCUGGCCUGUCAGACCGAUACAUGGAAGGAGGUGGGGGCAGGGAGGUCGACUAUGCCUCUUGCAAGCGCCUGGGAUCCAGCUACAGAGCACUACCCAAGACUUACCAGCAGCCCAAGUGCAGCGGUCGCACUGCUAUCUGCAAAGAGGUGCUGAAUGACACCUGGGUUUCUUUCCCCUCGUGGUCGGAGGACUCUACGUUUGUGAGCUCAAAGAAAACUCCAUAUGAGGAGCAGCUUCAUCGCUGUGAGGACGAAAGGUUUGAGUUGGAUGUGGUCCUGGAGACUAACCUGGCCACCAUCCGGGUCCUGGAGAGCGUUCAGAAGAAGCUGUCCCGUCUGUCGCCUGAGGACCAGGACCGCUUCCGUCUGGACGAUUGUCUGGGAGGCACCUCUGAGGUCAUCCAGCGCCGAGCCAUCUACCGUAUCUACGGCGACAAGGCCCCUGAGAUUAUAGAGGGGCUGAAGAGGAGCCCUGCUACUGCCGUGCCUGUGGUGCUCAAGAGAUUGAAAGCAAAGGAGGAGGAGUGGAGAGAAGCCCAGCAGGGCUUCAACAAGAUCUGGAGGGAGCAGUAUGAGAAGGCCUACCUCAAGUCCCUGGACCACCAGGGGGUCAACUUCAAGCAGAAUGACAUGAAGGCCCUUCGAUCCAAAAGCCUGCUCAAUGAGAUUGAAAGUGUUUAUGAUGAGCGUCAGGAGCAGAGCACAGAGGAGGGGGGCGUGGGCCAGCAGGGGCGUGACGGGAGCAGCGCGCCAGCGGUCAGCGAUCCCCACAUGGUGUUCACCUACGAGGACAAGCAGAUCCUGGAGGACGCCGCCUCUCUCAUCAUCUACCACGUCAAACGCCAGCCCACCAUCCACAAGGACGACAAGGACCACAUCAAGCGCAUCAUCCAGCACUUUGUCCCCGACCUCUUCUUCUCCCGCCGCGGCGAGCUCAGCGAGACGGAGGAUUGGACGGACGAGGAGGUGGAGGAGAGAGGAGACCGGGGAGGAGGAGGAUGUGGCAGUAUACCAGGAGCCGUAGCAACAUCAGGCAGUCAGCAACAUCAGCAUCAGCAGCAGAACGGGGAGUCGAGGCGGCGGCGCUGCGCCUCUCCCCAGACAGUGGAGCUGGGUGUAGCCUCGUCCCAUAGCCUGACUCCAGUGGGAGGGGAGAAGGUGGACCUAAGAGACCCUGAGGCAGAGCACCAGAAGGAGCUGGACGGAGUCUACAACCUGUUCUUCGUCAACAACAACUGGUACUUCUUCCUGCGGCUUCACCAGACCCUGUGCCAGCGGCUGCUGAGGGUGUACCGGCAGGCGGAGAGGCAACUGCUGGACCACCGGGCAGAGCAGAACCGUGAGAGGCUUCUAAUGGCCGAGUGCCGGGACCUGGCCAUGGAGCUCCGCCUCAAACAGCCCAGUGAGGUAGAACUGGAGGAGUACUACCCAGCGUUCCUGGAUAUGGUGCGCAGUCUUCUGGAUGGGAACCUGGAGUCCACACAGUAUGAGGACACAUUGCGGGAGAUGUUCACCAUCCACGCCUACAUUGGCUUCACCAUCGACAAGCUCAUCCAGAACAUCAUUAGACAGCUGCAGCACCUGGUGAGUGAUGAGGUGUGUCUUCAGGUGGCUGAGCUGUACCUGGCCGAGAGGAAGAGGGGCGCGGCGGGGGCUAACCUGUCGUCCCAGUGUGUGAGAACAGCCUGGGAGACCAGCUACCAGUGGAAGUCGGAGAGGGUCAUGGCUGAGGAGAACUGCUUUAAGGUAAUGUUCAUUCAGAACCAAGGCCAGGUGACCUUGACCAUUGAGCUGCUGGACACAGAGGAGGCCCAGGCUGAUGACCCAUUGGAUGUACAGUGCCUGUCCAGCUAUAUGGAACAGUUUGUAGGGACAGAGUCAACGCUUUGCUCGCAGAACAAAGGCUACUUUUUCAAACCGGUAUUUUUGCCCAGGAACCUGAGGCACUUCAGACGCUGGCAGGUGCGCCAGGUGGAGGCGAUGCGUUGCAGACGGGAGUGGCACAGACAGCUGGGAGUGGAGAGUGCUGGCAGUCUGGACUGCCGCUUUAAACUCAACACCCACAAGAUGGUGUUCGUCAUGAACUCUGAGGACUACAUGUACCGCCGGGGAGCGCUGGUCAAAGCCAGGAAGUCCCAGCACAGGGUUGCUGUGAACCAGCACGAGCGCUUUGACAAGUGGCACCAGGGCUGGCUGGUGGAGCACGUGACCCCGGCGGCCGAGCGCUCGGUCCACGACUGGCUCAUAGGUGAGGAGGAGGAGGACAUGAUCCCCUGCAAGACCACCUGCCUCAACACACAGGUCAAAGGCCUGCCUGUCAACAGAUACCAGGUGCAUUACAGUAGGAAACCUCCCUCUCCGUAGAGGCCACACACACUCACUACACACACAUGGAGAGAGACUGAGAGACAGGGGCAUCCUGGGGGAAUCCAGCAUGGAACACAGGAGAUCUUCACCUGACUCAGCCACGUUGCUUCUCUGUUCACACAGUCCGCAGUGCAAGCAGAGGGACGGGAGAUUAAAAUCAUUGAGUUUGUUUCAGAAAUGUGAAUGUCUCUUUUUCUAAGUCCGUUGUAGUUUUUAGCUUCUGAAGCCAGAGGGCCUUUGUUUGUAUAUGUUUAUACUGAAGUACUGGGAGAAAUGGUUAGAAAAAAUGUGUCAUACUCAUGUCUUUUGUACAGUAAGCUCAACUUAAGUAAUUGCAUUACUGUAUGUGCAUAUACAACUGUACACAUUUUAUAUAUGCAUUUACAUGAAUAUGAUGAAUGAAAUUGAACAUUUACAUGGAUCUAAGUGUUUGCUGGCAUCCCAAUUCUUUAUUUUUUUCGGGUCAUUUCCUUUUUGUCUUGUGACUAAUCUAAAAAUGGAUGAUUUGCCAGGGUGACGAGUGCUCACAAUUGAUUCAAUUGUGUUAAUUUUACGGAACAUUUGGAAUUAUGUAUCAUAUUCAUGAUUUCAUCAUUUUGCAUACUAAAAUAAACAAAAUCAGUGUUAAAAAAGAAUGUAUAACAUUUAUCCUGUCAGUUAUCAUGAAAAUAAACAACCUAGUUGUGAAUUCCUAAA